UUAACAACAGUAACGUCACAGCGACCGUACAGGAGAGUUUUGUUGGAAGUUAGAAAGUUUUGCAGCCUCCAGAGGGCUGUAGCGGCAGUAGCAGGAGCAGCAUCCAAGGCGCUGACUCCUGGACGGGGAAGAGCGCGAGCCGUGAGCGCCCGCCCGCCGCCCUCGCCGCGAGCCGCCCGGAGCCACGAGGCGGCCAUGGAGCAUCAGCUGCUGUGCUGCGAGGUGGAGACCAUCCGGCGGGCCCACCUGGACGCCAACCUGCUCACCGACCGCGUGCUGCAGACCAUGCUCAAGGCCGAGGAGACCUGCGCGCCCUCCGUCUCCUACUUCAAGUGCGUGCAGAGGGAGAUCUUGCCAUAUAUGAGGAAAAUGGUCGCCACUUGGAUGCUGGAGGUUUGCGAGGAGCAGAAGUGCGAAGAGGAAGUUUUCCCCUUGGCUAUGAAUUAUUUGGACAGAUUUUUGUCGCUCGAACCCCUCAAGAAAAGCCGAUUGCAGCUGCUCGGAGCUACCUGCAUGUUCGUGGCUUCAAAAAUGAAGGAGACGAUUCCUCUGACCGCGGAGAAACUCUGCAUCUACACUGAUAACUCCAUCAGACCCGACGAGUUACUGCAAAUGGAGCUGCUGCUGGUGAAUAAGCUGAAGUGGAAUCUGGCUGCCAUGACCCCCCAUGAUUUCAUUGAACAUUUCCUAACUAAAAUGCCUCUGGCAGAGGACACCAAGCAGAUCAUCCGCAAACACGCUCAGACUUUUGUGGCUCUGUGCGCUACAGAUGUCAAAUUUAUUUCAAACCCGCCUUCCAUGAUUGCAGCUGGCAGUGUGGUAGCUGCUGUGCAAGGCCUGCAUCUGGGGAACACUAACACUUUCCUCUCCUAUCAAUGCCUCACACAUUUCCUAUCACAAGUUAUCAAAUGUGACCCGGAUUGUUUACGAGCCUGCCAAGAACAGAUCGAAUCCCUCCUUGAAUCCAGUCUACGCCAGGCACAGCAACACAACGUAUCUUCAGAAACAAAGACUGUAGAGGACGAAGCUUAAUCUUUUUUUGUGCCUGUGGAUUGCCUGUACAGGAGGCAUUUGUAGGGUUCCAGCUUAGCAUUGUCGGGAAAGGCCAAUGUACUACUCAUACGAUACUCUAUUAUAAAGAGAAACCGAAAUAGUGACAUAAUAUAUUAUAUUUUUGUAAUCUUCAUAUUUUUGUAGUUACCUGUGUAAAAAUGCUGGUCUGACCCCACAGAUAUUCAGCCUAAUUAUCGUCAGGUUCAAUCCACAGUUUAGUCUUUUUUUUUUUUUAUAAUAUUCUAAAACCAUUCCAUUCAAAGCACUUUCAGUCCAUUAGAUAUAUAGGAAAUACAUUCUUUUAUUGUGUGGGAUUUUUUUUUUUUUAAUGGAAUGGUUUGGAAAUAUAUAAGUGCUUGUUCGCAAACUUGGAAUUGCAAAGCAAGUGCAUUUAACUAUGGUGUUAGAGGAAAGGUGAUUUUUUUCUGAAGGUUGUGUUCCAGCGAGAGAAAUUGCAUUCACAAAUUGCCAGGAUAUCUUCCUAUCCUUUUCUAUAGAAAAGUUGAAGUUUAGAAAUCCUUUGGUGCCAACUCAUCUUUGUAAAUUAGGGGCCUUAAAGGUUCACGUAUAGGACACAUAGUUUAAGGAUUGUCUCUAGAUGUUUUACAACUGAAGGUUUUUAAACACUAAAAUAUAUAAUUUAUAGUUAAGGCUAAAAAAGAAUGAAUAUUUAUUACAGAGGAUGUUCAUAAGGCCAGUAUGAUUUGUAAAAUAAUGCAAUCGCCCCUUUUUUUUUUUAAAAAAAAGCAUGAUCUUUCUACCCUUGAUGUUGCAGUUUUAACAGCUUAUUCAAGAAAAAAGGAUACUCUUCAAAGAACAAACUCAAAACAGUCUACUUGGCCCCUUCUUAACUCAUUUUCAAAAGCAGUCUAACCAUGAAAAACGCCAUAGUUAUGAGAAUUGGAGUACUUGAAAGAAGUUCUUAUUCCAGUAUAUUCCCCCCCUUUUUUUUUUUUCGUUUUAAUUUAGCUACAACUAGAAAAUUUGCACAUCUUGGCUAUGUAUCUUUUUAUUAUUAUUUUAGAAAGUAGCUGAAGGGACGUGGACAUAGCUGUUGAAGUUGACGCUCGAGGAGAAUGUGAUGGUAAAACGUAUGUGAGAAAACUGCCGCUAAGGUGUUGAUUGUUAAAAAAAAAAAGAAAAAAAAAAGAGGAAAAAAAGAGAGGAAAAAAAAAAGAAAAAAAAGAAAAAGAGAAAAGAAAAGGAGUGGAUGCUCCAUUUUUAUUGAGCUGCUAUGGAUAAAUUCCCAGCAUGGUUUGAAAAAAAAAUUAACAUUGCUUUUCUGUAUCUUUGUCAUUGUGUUUUGCUGCUAUUUUGUGGAUCAUUUUUUUUUUUGUUAUACAAUGUCAUAUACUGCCAUGUUAUAGGUUUUAAUUUUCUCAUAGAAAAUUAUAUUAUUGACAUCAUUUUUUUUGUAGAUUUUUUAUGUGAUCAAUUUUUACUUAAUGUGAUUACUGCUCUAUUCCAAAAAAAGGCUCCUGUUUCACAAUACCUCAUACUUCAGUUACCCGUGUCUAGACCAGGUUUUAAUGUUCGUACACAGUGCCUCAUAGUUCUACUGCAAACUGAAAUGCAUCGAACGUCUUUCUGAAUGGGUCUCGCGAUUUGCAACUAGGUUGUGUUAACUUAAAAACAGCAGACAUUUCAGAAGAUCAAGUAAUGUCAAGGUUUUUUUUGUUGUUGUUACGCAUUUUAUAAAGCUGGAUUCUUUGUCUGAUCUGGGGUUUAUUAUCAUAGUAGUUUUAAGCUGUGUUAUUAGCCACAUUGAUAUAUGAAAGGUGCAUUAUAAUGUAACUCUUAUGUGCCAGCUGAUGCGGUUUCCCACCAGUUGGGACACAUCAUUUGGUAUGAUAGGCUUAUCUUCUGGAACUCUUUAAGUAUUUUGUGUGUUUAAUCUGUUAUGAUAUACUAGGGGUUUUUUGUUUUGGUUUUCUUUAUUUUUUUUUUUAUUAUAGCAUAAUGCUAAUUUAAAAAAAGCCUGUAAAUCUCAUAAAUAAGCCAGCUAACAGAGUUGUAUGCUGAAGAAUAAUCUAGCUGUUGCCUGUAUGCUGCUAAACCAAAACAGAAUUAGAACUCAAUUUUGAGGGCGAACGCAGUUAAGACCCUACCUAGUGCAUAAACAAGGCAUUGCAGUGCUACUAGCAGUCGCAGGACCCAGGAGGACUGGAUACAUUCUGUCCCAAUUUCAGGAACAUUUCUUACUGCUUACCUCAUGAACACUUCUGUUGGUGGCAUCUCUGUGUCUCUGAACCAAACCUGAUGAUGUUGAGUUAGUGGUUACUGGUUAUAUUUUGUGUUACACUGAGUGGCAGUGCGUACCACAAAACUUCUUAAAUAUUGUAUGUACUAAAUGGCCAAAUCCAGAUCGGUGGGU